UUCUUCACACGAGUCGGAUCGCACGUGCCACCAUUUUCAGACAUUUCUCUGGCUCUUCCCUCUCCCCUCUCCCCUCUCCCCUCUCCCUCUCUCUCUAUCGUUCUAAAACCUCUGGAUCACGUCAGUCAGUAACUUUUCUCGUUCAUUCUUCAACCUCUUAGUCUCUCUCUAAAACAUUCUCUCUCUAGAUCUCUUUUCCUCUAUGUAGAAGCUUCUUUUUCUACUAAGAUGUCUCUGGAUCAGCUACUGUAGCUGAAUCUGAACAGUCAUUUUCACUGACACCUGAUUUCAAGAAAUUCUGAAUCAAAACUUGAGGAGCUGUAGAAGAAAGUUAUUUUGAAGUAUUUCCAUGAUAUAGGCUGAAUCCACAAUCUUUAAGCAUUUCAAUGCUGGUUUUGGUCUAGAUAUCAUUCCAACAAUCUGGAUUUAGGUUCUUUUGGCAAUGUAAUAUAGUUGAAGAACUAAUGGAGGAAGGUAAUGGUAGAGGGGAUUUUCAUGGAAAUGUAGUUAGACAGUCAUCGUUAAGGCCAGGUGGAAGCUUGAAGUCGACAUUAUCUGGUAGAUCAACUCCUAGGAACUCUCCUUCAUUUCGAAGAUCGCAUUCAAGUCGGACCCCAAGAAGAGAAGCUAGAAGUAGUGGGGUUGGUUCUCAGUGGUUUCGGAAUAACAGGGUAGUGUUCUGGUUGAUAUUGAUUACCCUCUGGGCUUAUCUUGGAUUUUAUGUUCAGUCCAAGUGGGCUCAUGGUGAUAACAAUGAAGACAUUAUUGGGUUUGGAGGUAAACCAAAUAAUGGAAUUUCUGACUCUGAACUGAAUCGGAAAGCACCUUUGAUUGCCAAUGACAAAUUGUUGGCAGUUAAAAAUGGUUCUGAUAAAAAUCCAGUUGGCAGUGGUAAAAAAGUUGAUGUGGUUUUGGCCAAAAAGGGGAAUAGUGUUCCAUCUCGUCGCAGUGCAUCAUCGAAGAAGAGGAGUAAGAAAUCAGAACGCAGUUUGCGUGGUAAAACACGUAAACAGAAGACUAAAACUGAGGUUGAAGUCACUGAAAUGGACGAGCAGGAACAGGAAAUUCCUAAGCUAAACACGUCCUAUGGGUUGCUGGUUGGUCCUUUUGGCUCGACAGAGGAUAGAAUUCUGGAGUGGAGUCCGGAAAAGCGUUCUGGAACCUGUGACCGGAGGGGGGAACUGGCACGCCUUGUUUGGUCUAGAAAAUUUGUGUUGAUAUUCCAUGAACUUUCAAUGACCGGGGCUCCGCUUUCAAUGAUGGAAUUGGCAACAGAACUUUUGAGCUGUGGGGCCACAGUUUCUGCUGUUGUUCUUAGCAAGAAGGGUGGUUUGAUGCCAGAGCUUGCUAGGAGAAGGAUCAAAGUGCUUGAAGACAGAGCAGAUCUGAGUUUCAAAACUGCCAUGAAGGCAGAUCUUGUGAUUGCAGGAUCGGCAGUCUGUGCAUCGUGGAUAGAACAAUAUAUUGCACAUUUUACGGCUGGGUCAAGUCAAAUUGUGUGGUGGAUCAUGGAAAACAGGCGGGAGUAUUUUGAUCGGUCAAAGCUUGUCAUUAAUAGAGUGAAAAUGCUGAUUUUUCUUUCAGAAUCACAAUCUAAACAAUGGCUUACUUGGUGCAAAGAAGAAAACAUUAGGCUGAUUUCUCAGCCUGCUGUGGUUCCGCUCUCUGUUAAUGAUGAACUAGCUUUUGUAGCUGGCAUCACUUGUUCUCUAAAUACUCCAUCUUUCACCACUGAGAAAAUGCAGGAGAAAAGGCGCUUAUUACGAGAUUCUAUCAGAAAAGAGAUGGGAUUAACUGAUACUGAUAUGCUUCUGUUGUCACUAAGCAGCAUAAACCCUGGAAAGGGCCAAUUUUUUCUUCUUGAAUCAGUGCGUUCAAUGAUUGAACAAGAGCCUUCCCAGGAUGAUCCUGAACUGAAAGAUUUGGUGAAAAUAGGCCAAGACCAAUCUAACUUUUCUGGCAAGCAUUACUCAAGGGCUUUGCUUCAAAAUGUCAACCAUUUUAGUGUAUCUUCAAGUGGUUUACGCCUUUCUAAUGAGUCUUUUAUCGAGUUGAAUGGACCUAAAAGUAAGAAUUUAAUGUUACCCAGUCUCUUUCCGUCCAUUAGUCACUCAGAUGAAGUGAGCAUUGGCAGUGGUUACAAAAGAAGAAAAGUGUUAUCUGAAAAUGAAGGAACACAAGAACAGGCUCUUAAAGUUCUUAUAGGGUCUGUUGGAUCUAAAAGCAAUAAGGUCCCUUAUGUCAAGGGACUUCUCAGAUUUUUAACCCGUCAUUCAAACUUGUCGAAGUCAGUGCUGUGGACUCCAGCAACCACACGAGUUGCUUCACUUUACUCUGCAGCGGAUGUUUAUGUUAUAAACUCCCAGGGAAUGGGAGAGACUUUUGGGAGAGUGACAAUUGAAGCAAUGGCAUUUGGUCUUCCGGUGCUUGGAACAGAUGCUGGAGGCACAAAAGAGGUUGUUGAACAAAAUGUGACAGGUCUGCUUCAUCCUGUGGGGCAUCUAGGAACCCAAAUCCUUUCCGAAAAUAUCAGGUUCUUGCUUAAAAACCCAUCAUCAAGGGAGCAAAUGGGAAAGAGAGGAAGGAAAAAGGUGGAGAGAAUGUACUUGAAGCGCCACAUGUAUAAGAGAUUAGCUGAAGUUCUAUACAAGUGCAUGAGAAUCAAGAAAUGACAUGUUCUUUUUGUUGAUGCAAA